GCAUAUUUGAAUGGAAUAUUCUUCCUCGAAUCACUGGAUAAUGGCCUCAACACGACCUGCUCAAUCCCGCCCCUCGACACCUAGGUUUUGGGCGCCAGCUGCAGAUAAUGCCACAUAUAGAGAUUUGCUGCUCUUUGAGGAGCGUUUAAAGGUCAAUGUGGCUCGCUUGAGGAGAAAAAAGCGAAAAUAUCAAAUGCUCGCCUCCGAUACCUUGUUUUCUACCCAUUUUGUCACUUGGCCGAUUAAUACGCUGCUUCAGGAGCUUCCUCUGGACAACCACCCACAUAUCGUGGUUUCCCCUUACAUUACUCAAUCGGCGUUUCUAAUCGCACUUACCACCCUCAUCCUCUUCUACGCGAGCGGGUUAUAUGCAGAGAAGAUAAGCUAUGCUAAUAGAUACGUCCCCCAUGCCAACCGUGCCCUGAGAUCCUUCAACAUGUAUUUCAACGUGCGAACGCCUCCCCCAACGCUCCCAUGGCCAUUCAACCGGUUUAUAAAACCAGCUCCUGAACCCCCUGCGACUUCGCUGGCAUCCCCCAGCGGCACGCGGCAUGGGAGGGGCUCGACCACUAUUGCUCCAAUCCCACCGUCUACAAACCCCCGAGGAGAGCUCAUUUUUUCGUCACGCGUAGACAGACAGUUUAGGGAAGCCUACGAGAGGCAUCGGGCUGCAUUUGAAAGGAAACGAGACGAAAAGGCAUUAGCAGAGGCCGCAGCCGCUGCAUCUGCCCGAUUGUGGGGAUGGCUUCCGGGAGCAAGAGGAAAGGCGCCGGCAUCUUCAUCAUCUCGUCCAACAGCCAGUCAUGACACCCGGAGUCCUCCUACAUCACGGAGCCCCACUCCGGUUUCUGGAAGUUCAAAACCCCCAACACCCUCACCUUCGCCUAUUUCCCGCGCAGGACGCCCCCAAACGGACUGAUGAUGACGCAGUCGCAGACAGUGACCCAAUAAUGUAGGCAGUAAAUGGAUGCGUAUUUUUCGCAUACGUCAUUGUUGGCGCUCUGGCUCAAUUGUGACGGGGUCCGCAAGCAGUAGGUCUGGCCCCAUGCGUGGAAACGUCCCAGCCUGCCUGAGCUUCCCAAUUCCAGGGCGACAGUCCCGCGCUUGGGGUUCAAUCCUUCUCGCAACCUGCGUAAUAAGAAGCGAUUCCAGAGUUGCUUCCUUGCUUCCUGCUGUUGGGCUCUUGGAUGUUUGACCACUCAAACUCUAACUAAUUGAUUCAAGGGGCAGAUUCCAACUUCAAUCGAUUGUUAGACC